UCAGUCCAGUUGUUACACUACCUGUUUCAAGGAUUUGUUUAAAACUCAAGAUAGGUACAAUUCCGUUGGAAUGCAUGUAUUUAUAAAUUAGAGACCGAUCACCGAUAAUGGUUUUGGCUGAUACAGCUUUGACAGUCUGUAUUUUCCUCCUGAAAUUAAUCCUGCUUUGUUCAAGUGAUCUAUCUGUGGAUGACAUUGUGUCUAAAGCUAUUGAUAAUGGCUACAGAAAUAUGAAGUUUGAAAGAACGUGCUCAAAUACAGACGAUCAGCAACUCCCAAGAGACGAGAGUAAAUUAUUUGACUUUAUAAGAAAACAGAAGGCUUUUGAGGAAAACACAUCAAACGCGGGAAGGCUAUAUAUAGAAGUCAACAAAGAGCUAGUAAGGCUAUCAGGUAAAAGCAUUCAUCAGCUGAUUAGAUCAAAGGCGUAUCGUGAGUCCUUUGGAAAACAAUUUUGUCGUCGUACAUCGUUACGAUGUGAAAUAUACGUUAAUUCGCCAUAUCGCUCAGCAGACGGCAGAUGUAACAACAUCCGGUACCCUACACUUGGAUCAAAGGGAGCAAUACAAUCACGAUAUCUUCCUCCUCAAUAUGACGACGGUAUAACGAAACCCCGAGAAAGGUCGGGAACUGGAAAGGCAUUAUUGAGUCCUCGCAUAAUAAGUAACGAGGUGUUUCGAGGUUUAGGAACAAAAGAGAUCACACCCAAAGAUAAUAGUCUAUCCCUGAUGACCUUUACAUGGGGUCAGUUCAUCGACCAUGACAUUGUACUAACCCCUGUUGCAACAA